UGCGCCUCCUCCUCGCCGCCGGUUCCGCCCCUCUCUCGCCUCGCCUCGGCCCUCCAUCCCCCCGCCUCCUCCGCGGGUCGCAGGGUGUCGCGCUUGGACGAAGGGCAGCUUUUCACAGCAUGACUUAAAAGUGGAAAUGAGUGCACAUCCCAAAAACGAUUGCUUGAUUUGCAGUUCUUGGAGCUGUGCACUACUAUUUUGUCCAAUUUCACUACAUCUGCCUCUUGUUUGAGAGCGGCUGCUCGCCAUGCGGACGAGGCUGACGGAGAGUGAAGAGGAGUGCCCUUGGAGCCUAGAAGGGUAGUAUUAGUAGAAGCCUAGGUAGGGUGAGGACUGGAAUGAGGAGGAAGAAGAGGAGGCGAGGCAAAUUAGGGGUUCUCCAAAUCGAGUCAUUAGUGCUAAAAUUGACAGCCUGUGCUUUAUCGCCACAACUGUGGGGAUCCGUUGAGCAAUUAUCACGUUCCAAAUUCACUCAGUCUUUUGAAGGUUUGACAAUUCCGAUAUUCUCAAUAGCACAUCGAAGUGCAAGAUGCCAAAAAUAAAGAGCCUGUCUAAUGCUUGUAAAGUAUCAUUUUCUCCGGAUGGGCCCAUAUCCGAUGAAGCACUUGAGAGAGUUCGUGCAUUGUUAGAUGAGAUAAGACCUAUAGAUGUUGGCCUAGACAAUGAAGCACAGAUUGCUCGUAAUUGGAAUAAUUCAACGCGUCAACCAAAUGGAAGAAGAGGACGUAAUGGGGCUAACCAGUUCACAUCUCCAAUCAAAUAUUUACACAUUCAUGAAAGUGAAAGUUUCUCUAUGGGUAUAUUUUGUAUGCCGCCGUCAUCAGUUAUUCCACUUCACAAUCACCCAGGAAUGACAGUUCUGAGCAAGCUUCUCUAUGGCACACUGCAUGCUGAAUCUUAUGAUUGGAUUGAUGUAACUGAUCCAACCGAUCAAUUACAGGAACUUUCAGUGAGACCAGCAAGGCUUGUCAGAGACCGUGAAAUGUCUGCUCCAGAGACCACCAUUCUUUAUCCCAAUAGAGGUGGUAACAUCCACACUUUCAGAGCGAUCACACCUUGUGCUCUCUUUGAUGUCCUUUCUCCUCCUUAUUCUGCUGAGAAGGGGAGGGACUGUUCAUACUUCCGGAAGUCUUCAGUAAGGGAAACACCACCUGUUGUUUUGCCUGGUGAAAUAAAUAGCGCAGAAGUAAUUUGGUUGGAGGAAUUGGAGGACCAUCAACCUCCAGAGGGCUUUGUUGUCGCGAGAGGUUUGUAUAAAGGCCCUGUAAUAAGGAGAUAGUUAGGUUCGAAGCACGUCUGUCCACGAAUCACGAACCAGUUGACGAUGCAGCUAGGUUCCUAGCUAGUAUCUGUGUCAUGUGGGUUAGUAUAGAGCAAUGCAUCGUUGAGUCACUCAUCUGCAACCUGCGAUUUACUCUGUACAUGUCAAUGCAAAGUGAUCUGGUGAAGAUUUAACUGCCAGGUUACAAAACAAGAACGAAAAACUUUUAUGGUUGACAGCCAGAUGUUGUUCUAUAACAUAGUUGAGUGGCCCCCCCUAUCAGCUGGAGGUUGUUACUUUUUUUUGUGUCGACUUGCAGAGCGCCUUGUCAUGCUGUAUUAGGUAACCUCAACGGCAGAACCUUUUCACCUAUUGAUGAUUUCAGAAAUUGAGUUGGUGUGUGAUAUUUGUCUUAUCA